ACAAUAUCUCAAGUUUCUUCUUUCCUUUUUGCUUAUAAAAAAGGACCUCCUUUUCUUUGUUUUUGCUUUAAAUUCGGGAAAUGGGUGUCACAGUAUCUGCACUUUCUUGAAUCUUUAGGCCUUGGGGGGAUUAGAAUACAAGUUAGGAGAUAGGUUUGUGAUCUGUCUUGGUCUUGGAGAAAGUGAACAAGAGAUCUUUGUACCAGGCCAAACUUAUUGCCCGCAGAAAUUGUUGGGCUUUUGAUUUAUAUAAAGAAGCCUUGUAGAACACCCCACAUUGUACAAGCCAUUUUCCUCUUGGGUUUUUUUUUUUUGGGCGGAUUCCAAGUGAGGUGUGGGAGAAUGGGAGUUGGGUUGUGGCGAUUCAUUCUUGCUGCUUUUGCUGGAGUGCUUGUCUUCUUUCAUGGCUUCUGUUCUUCAGAGAAAGCUCCAAACUACAGCUUCAUGCACCAAGCCACGUCCGCGCCGGCGCUUUCAUACUACGACUACAUCAUUGUCGGCGGUGGUACAGCCGGCUGCCCCUUAGCCGCCACUCUCUCCCAAAACUACAGCGUUUUGCUCCUGGAACGUGGCGGCGCACCCUACGGCAACCCCAACAUCACCAACCUGGGUUCCUUUGGCGCCCCAUUCUCCGACUUCUCUCCAACAUCGCCGUCGCAGCGGUUCGUAUCAGAGGACGGCGUUAUUAACGCUCGCGCGCGAGUUCUUGGCGGCGGAAGUUGCUUGAACGCGGGGUUCUACACACGCGCGGGGCCGGAUUAUGUGGAAGAGGUGGGGUGGGAUAGUGGGAUGGUGAAGGAGUCCUAUGAGUGGGUGGAGAAGGUGGUGGCGUUCAAGCCGCCGAUGCGGCAGUGGCAGUCGGCGGUGAGAGAUGGGCUGCUUGAGGUUGGGGUGUUGCCGUACAAUGGGUUUACGUAUGACCAUAUAUAUGGGACCAAGAUUGGUGGAUCCAUAUUUGACCCCGACGGCCACCGUCACACGGCGGCUGAUCUGCUGCAAUAUGCUAACCCUACCGGACUUACUGUUCUUCUUCAUGCAACUGUGCAUAAGAUCACCUUCAGAAGAAGAGGAAAGAUAAGGCCAGUGGCUCAUGGGGUGAUAUUCAGAGACGCGUUAGGAAAGAAGCACAAAGCGUACCUGAAGAGAGGCUCCAAGAAUGAGAUCAUAGUCUCAUCUGGAGCACUUGGAAGCCCACAACUGUUGAUGUUGAGUGGGGUGGGCCCAGCCCAGCACCUUAAGGCCCAUAACAUUUCACUUGUACUUGACCUGCCCAUGGUGGGCCAGAGGAUGUCAGAUAACCCAAUGAACGCCAUCUUCAUCCCCUCUCCUCUCCCAGUUGAGGUCUCUCUCAUUCAAGUCGUGGGCAUCACCCACUUUGGCACCUACAUCGAAGCCGCAAGCGGUGAAAACUUCGCCGCUAGCGGUCCUCAAAGGGACUUCGGAAUGUUCUCCCCCAAGAUUGGACAGCUGGCAACAGUGCCCCCAAAGCAAAGAACACCAGAAGCCAUAGCCAAAGCCAUAGAUUCCAUGAGCAAGCUUGACGAAACAGCCUUCAGAGGAGGAUUCAUCCUUGAGAAAAUCAUGGGCCCAAUCUCCACGGGCCAUCUGGAGCUCCAAAGCCGCAACCCCAACGACAACCCCUCCGUAACAUUCAACUACUUCAAAGAGCCUGAGGACUUACAGAGAUGUGUUAAUGGCAUGCAAAUCAUUGAAAAAAUAAUAGAGUCAAAGGCAUUCUCCCAAUUCAAAUAUGAUUACUUAUCAGUCCCAGCAUUGAUCAACAUGACCCUCAAUUUCCCAGUCAACUUGGUGCCAAGGCAUGAUAAUGCUUCCACCUCCCUAGAGCAGUUCUGUAAGGACACCGUGAUGACUAUAUGGCAUUAUCAUGGAGGCUGCCAAGUUGGUAGCGUGGUGGAUCAUGACUAUAAGGUUCUUGGCGUUGAUGCCCUACGAGUCAUCGAUGGAUCAACCUUCAACGCCUCUCCUGGGACUAAUCCUCAGGCCACCGUCAUGAUGCUUGGAAGGUACAUGGGACUAAGGAUUCUGAGCGAGAGACUUGCGAGUGAUCUGUCCAAGUAGAUGGACGAUGAGCAUCAUUACUUGUUUUAUUUUUUAUGGAGAUUCAUGCGCUUGAGUUAGAGGUAUUGAUCAGUUGGGAGUUGAUAAUAGUUUGAAGCAACUCUUGGUCUAGAAAGAGGUUAAUUGAGAAUGAAAAAUGUGUUCAGUCCUUGAUUGCUCUUUAAUACUACAUUAGUUACGGUUGUGCGUGGAGAUUUAUUUCCUUGUUGAAACUUGUUAGUGGAUUGAUUAAAGGUUGGUUUGCUUGUCGACAA